AACCUUCUUACUAUGUGUGUACACGUUUGUCUUCAAAACGCGAAAGAAAGUUGUAUAAGAAAUAAUACCGUCAAAUAUGAACUUCCGCUACAUUGAAUCCUUGUUAAGUUUGUGUUUUAUCUAAGCUGCGAAUUGCUAGUUUGGCCAUCAUUGUAAGAGCCUUAAUAUUGGAACUUAAUGGCUUCAAUUUGUGUCAUUUGUUUUAAUGGGGUCAAAGAUUUAUAAUUUUUUAUUUCGGAUUAUAAUGAACUCUUAAAUGGUCCUGUGAAUCACGUGCACUUUGUUUGUAUGAACUUUCAGGUGAUAUUUGCCACCAAGGGUUAAUCGGAAACAACCUCUUUGUUAUUACUAACAAGGUUAAGGUUGUAUACAUCUGACCUCUAAACCUCGCUUAAGUGGGAUAAUGAGAUGUUGUAGUGGCCUCAAUUUAUGCAAGUUUCCUUUUUAAGUUGUUUUGUAGAGCACACUAGAGAUGGAAACUAUUCUUCCUUUUAUAAAAAUUGGAACUUUGCCAUAACAAGAAAGUUACAUUGUUAUCAAUAUUGUGUAGUUCCACCUAUCACAUUAAAAUCUUGGAAUUCCCUCAAAAAAUGGUCGGUAAAUAGGCCAAAACUUAUUAUAAUUUGCCUUUUUUUUCAAUUCACAAUCUGCGAGGAGAUUGUCAUUAUCAUUAAUCUUCGUCCAUUAAUCUCCUCGCAGAUUGUCGUCGUCAUCAUCAUCAUCAUCAUACCCAGUGUAUCUCGCCCAUAGAAAAAUCAUGAGCAGGGUCUGGGGAGGGAAGGACGGCGGCAACUCAUACGCAGAAAGGAUGACGACCCUGCUCAUGAUUUUUCUAUGGGCGGGAUACACCGGGUAUGAUGAUGAUGACGACGACGACAAUCUGCGAGGAGAUUAAUGAAACAUGUGACACUGGUUCAAGAAUUACACCGCAUUUACAGAAAACAGAAGGAAUUGAUGCGUGAAACGAAAAACAAAGAACCGUAUGUGGAUGAUCUACAUUUCGAGAUCCAAAGCUCAAAUUUGUCUUCAGCAAAAAUCUCGGCCAGAUAUGGGCAAAAUACUCUCUAUAGUGUUCCCCUUGUUAAUUCUCAUACUACACCGUCUUUGACAGGUAGAGAUAACAUUCAGACGUCUCUUUACUCGGUCCAUGAACUAAGAACACCCACCAGCCCCUUCGCUUCACGAAAUGGUGGCACUUUGAAUGACCUGGAUGUUGUGAAAUCCAAGUGCAAAAAAAUUGGAGGGAAGUUGUUAGAUCUUGAGCUUCCCGCAGAGGUUUAUGUCGACAGUGACGAAGAAGAUUUUUUACACCCCUCUACACCUGUGACGUUACUGUCAGACAAACGAUCUAAGGCUGUCGUUGAGGCUAUUGUACUUCCUUCUACUGCGAGCCGAUCAUUGAAACCUGUCCUAGAAGGUGAGCUCCGUAAUCUGGCUGACUUGAAUGAACCUUUGGCAUUGUCCUACACCGAAGAAUGUGAUUGGGAUAAGAGAACAGAAGCUGGCAGGGGAUUCUUAGAAAGAAACCUUGAUCUGUCCGAUAGUAGGAAUAUUAUGUCGAUAACAUCUAUUGUUAAGUCCGAGAAUGCUAAAUCGGAUUUGGGUUUUGCUUCAUUCGGAAGCAAGUUAUCGAACGUGGGGCAAAACCCGCCUGUGGUUCAAGCACUUCCCUCCGUCAACAGCCAAUUGUCCUCCUGCAAAGGUGCUAAAAUACUCGGCAAGCUGAAUGCGGUUCUUAAUAACAGAAUCAAUGCUAAUCGACAUUGUAGUCUGGAUUCGGAUGUAGCAAAGCACAUAACAAGACCUGUUGCGGCUGAAUUCGAAAGUUUUGAUAAGAGAAAGAGAUGCAGGAUGAUUGAUAUCAACUUGCCGUGUGAUCUCACAACAGACGAAGAGUCGCUUGUUUACGAAAACUCAGGUCAGAUAGACUUGAAUUUUUGUUUGAAUAUUGAUUUGGAGGCACCUAUUAGCCCGGAAGUGGAGGAACGUCUUCCAACUAGAGGAGACUCCGAAGAGAUUCAACCUGAAGAGGGCAAUGACCUGUUUGUGAAACUUGCAGCUGAGACCAUUGUCUCCAUUUCCUCUAGAUUUGUGUCAUGCUCAAAAAGCACGAAUUUGCAAAAACCCGAAACUUUGGAUAGUGGGAAUCUAGAAUGGUUUGCCGGGGUGAUUAGUUCCCUUUCCGUUGAUUUAGAUAAGGAUUUGGAGACGAUGCGCUGCAGAGAUACUUGCACGAUCGAUGAUUUUGAGGUCAUGACAUUGCAGCUGACGGAAACGAAAGAGGAAAAGUAUUGGUGCAAAGAUAGUGUCCAAAUCUUGAGCGAAACUUGUUCGAUGUUGUUGCCUAGCAAAACGAGAAGGGGGAGGACUCGUAGAUCAAAGACGAAGGACUUCCAUAGAGAAGUUCUACCUUCUCUUGCUUCGCUUUCGAGAUAUGAGAUAACCGAGGAUAUGCAGAUGAUAGAAGGGCUAAUGGAAGCUGCAGGGACUCCUUGGCCGCUAAAUAGGACUAGAAGAACAUGUAGAAUGGGUAGAAAAUCACGGUUGGCCAAGCAGGUGACUUUUGUUGAAGAAGUGCCGGAAAUAGUAGAGUUAAUGGCCCUUGUCAGUUGGGGUAAGGUUAACAGGCGGUCUAUAAGGCGAAGAUGUCCCGCUAGGCCUACUGCUCGACCAAAAUGAUAUUCUUUUACACAAAAAGGGAUUUCUUAUAUGAAAUCGUGUAUUUUUUUGUACUUAUUGUACAUCAGAGCCUCUAAAACUCCCUCAGACGGGUGUUACUAAACAAUGUUGGGGUAAUGGAACAUUAUAUUGCUGUCUUAUUCUUAGAAUGACUUGGUGUAUUUAACUUAGAAGAUCAUUUAGGGAAUGGGAGAAAUAUAUAGAGCUUCAAUAUAAGACUAUUUCCUUGAAAUUGAAAUUAUUGCAAGGUCAUGAAACUAUGUCUUGGGGAAACAUUUGCUGAUUCUCAAUUAGUAUGUUUGUUUAUUAUCACUUGUUGAUAAUAAUGUAUAAACUCCCUAUCUACCUUGACAUAAUUUAACUCCCUAGCUACCUUGACAUAAUUUCGCCGACUCUUUUGGGCAGUUCUUUGGGUGUGCAGUGUGCCUACUUAUAAUGUAUAAA